GAGUCCCCAACGGGAGGAAGGACCUCCGAGGCCAUGGAGGCAAUCAACAAGUUCCUGAUCCGCAGGAUCCACUCUCUGCCUCCACGGCUCCUGGGGAGCAGCCCGGCCCUACGGGACGUCUCCAACUGCGCCUUCAACAGGGGGGGGGGGCAGCACCGGGAUGAUGAGGGGGCUGUGUUUAAGAAGCCGCAGAGGCCGGGGCAGCGCAGCAGAGUGCAGGCAAUGGGGGCAGACAUGGGGAAGGAGAACGUAGUGCAGAGACCCAGCUCUGCGCCAGACCUCAUGUUUGAUACCCCCGAGAAGGAGAACGUCCCUGAUGGUGAGAGCCCCGUGGUGCUGCGCCGCUGCUCCCUCACCUCCUGCAUGGGAGACGAGGAGGAUGACGGCUUCAUGGAGAUCCUGGAUGAGGAGGAGAUGAAGGGUGAAGCGGAGGUGCCUCCAGGCAUGGCCAGCCUGCUGAGCGCCCCCCUGGUCAGGAAGGAGGAGGCAGAGCCGCCCCCCAUUCAGCGCAGUAAGUGCCGGCAGUUGUUCCGCUCGCCGUCCAUGCCCAGCAGCGUCAUCCGGCCCAUCCUGAAACGCAUCGAGCGGCCGCACAACGACAGCCCCGUUCAAAGCAAACGGCGCCGCAGCGUCACCGGGACCCCCGGGGAGGGGGAGGGGACAGAGCAGAAGGGGCGGCUGCUGCGCUCCAGGUCCUUGUGCCAGGAGCAGCUCGAGAACAUGUUGGACACGGACCGGCCCGAGCUCAUCGGGGACUUCUCCAAAGGUGGGGGGGCACGGACGGUGGAGGGCAAACACCAGGACCUCAAGUACAUCUCCCCCGAAAUGAUGGCGGCGGUGCUGAGCGGGACCUUCAGCAGCUCCAUCGAGAGCUGCGUGAUCGUGGACUGCCGCUACCCCUACGAGUACGAGGGGGGGCACAUCAAGGGCGCUGUCAACUUGCCCAUGGAGCAGGACGUGGAGUUCCUGCUCAAGGAGCCCAUCGUGCCCCUCAAUGCCAGCAAGAGAGUCAUCCUCAUCUUCCACUGCGAGGUUUCCUCCGAGAGGGGCCAGGAUGGGGGUCUGGGGGGUCUAUGGGUCUGGGGGCCUGUUUUCUCACCCCAGGUGCCGCCUUCGUGGCGGGAGAAGGACCGUGCGUGUAACCAGGCCCGCAGCUGCACUUACCCGGAGCUCUACGUGCUCAAGGGGGGGUACAGGGAGUUCUUCCCUCAGUACCAGGCGCACUGCGAGCCGCAGUCGUACCGGCCGAUGCACCACGCGGAUUUCAAGGAGGAUCUGCGCAUGUGCCGCAUGAAGAGCCGCACGUGGGCGGGGGAGCGCAGCAAGAGGGAGCUGUACAGCAGGGUCAACCGCUGCUGAACCGGAACCGGAACCAACCCUACCGGAACCGGAACCGAACCCAACCGGAACCGAACCCAACCGGAACCGGAACCGAACCCAACCGGAACCGAACCCAACCGGAACCGGAGGGGGGGCGGCGGGGGGAGGCCUGAGCUGCGCCCCCCAUGGAGCCCCCAGCUCCGGGACCGGAACCGCUGAAAGCACUUAAAGCUCCGGGCGGCCCGAACGGAACCGGACCCGGUUCGGAGCCGGUUCGGUUGGGGGGGGGCGGCUGUGGAGCGACCCGGGCCAAGAUUGACAACGGGAAUAAACGGGGCCGAGGCCCGGCCGGAUCAAC